AUGGCCCCUAUGGUUGCUGCUUCAGAUUAUCCCUUCAGAUACCUCCUCCGAAAGUAUGAUGUGGACCUAACGUUUACACAAAUGCUGCACUGUAAAAAUUAUAUCAACGAUGAAACAUUUAGGUUGUCACACUUGGAUUUAUGGGAAGCUGGGGCGAAAUAUCCUGAUCUUCUUCGGUCUCAGCUUUCAUGUCUCGGGGAUUUUCCGCCGCCGAUGGGUCCACAGGAAGGGGACUGUGCAAGUCCGCUUAUUGUCCAAUUAGCUGGAAAUCAGCCAGAUCUUUUGGUACAGCAGGCUUUGAUGAUCCUCGAGCAUACCGAUGGCAAAGUGACUGGCUUUGAUUUGAACCUUGGGUGCCCACAACAAAUUGCCAAGAAAAAAGGAUCCUACGGCGCGUUUCUCAUGGAGCGUGACCUUGACUUGGUCUGCAACAUCCUUUCAUCUCUUAGAGAUUCGGUUCCGGAGACUACUACUGUCUCUGCAAAGAUACGAUUACCGACGGAUGAUGAAACACUCUGCUAUAGAAUACCAAAGCUUGUCAAUACUGGAAUCAAUUUUCUGACGAUACACGGGAGAACUCUAGUCGAGAACAAGACCAAAGUCGGUGCUGCUCAUGUGGAUAGAAUUAAGCUUGCCAUUGACAAGGCCCAUGAAGUUAAUCCAAAUCUUCCAGUCAUCGCCAAUGGUGGGAUGGAAACCUACGAGGAUAUUCAAGAAGUUAUGUGGAAAACUGGGGCAUCAGCUGCAAUGUCGUCAGAAGCCCUUCUAGAAACCCCAAACGUCUUCUCACCAAAAUCUUCCGGCCUCUCACCUAGAGAAAGACUGACGCAACAGAUAUCCUUUGCGACUGAGUAUCUUGAUAUCUGCAAAAAUGUCGCUCCACCCUUGCCAGGUGUGUUGGGAAACGGAGGAUCUUUCAAGAUUGUUCGUGGACAUCUUUUCAAAUUUCUGUACAGAUACCUAAACGAGCACACAGACUUGCGCGAUCGUCUUGGUGGGGACCAGAAAUUGCAAACACUUGGGGAAGCAAGCAAUCUUGUAGACGAACUAGCAGAGCGCUGUUUGAAACUCUCCGAUGACGAGUUGUUGCGGUGUGCGUCAUCUGCACCCGAGUCAUCUUGGUACAGACGGCACAGGAAAGGUAACCGCCGUGUUCAUCAGAAGGAAGUUCGCGUCGAUUCUUCUCUAGUACCGUCUGGUUCCGAAGAAGAAACAAUCGAGUCGAGAAAGCAGGAGAUUAGAGAUCGCAUCAGCCAAAUGAAAGAAAGAAAGGCUGCCCGCGAAGCUAGUGCAGCCAACCGAUUUGUCGCAUAG